UGUAGGUUAGAUGGGCUUGAGAUCGCUAUGACAGGUCGGCACAACAUCGAGGGCCGAAGGGCCUGUACUGUGCUGUAAUGUUCUAUGUAAUCCAAACUAAAAAAUGGUAUCUUGUGGAGAUCAAUGGACAACACCUGGCUUAUUUGUUUCCUGCCUCCUGUUAAUUUCUAUGGAUCAACGUGCGGCCCUACCUGAGAAUGAGCCAUGCAGUCCGUGGAGGCUCAGAUUUAACCCCUGUUAACCUCAGUUAACUGAUAUCACCAUUUGUGUCGAGCAGCUUUGGAAGUAAGUCACUCAUCCCUGCAUGCUGGACAAGGGAUAUAUCAAGGUAGUUGGGAUAACCUCUCUGGCAUUAGCUCUCAGUGACCACUUGGGUAAAAUAACUGAUAACCCAAUUGCCUCCUAUAAAGCUCAGUGUAAGCUACUUUGAGAUGAACAAGUUACCCGAAUUAUAGGUUGUGAAAGAAGAUUUAUUACCCAUUAUCAUCCUUCAUCAGUAAAUGAGAGUUAUCAGUAAACAAGCUAAUAAAAAAAACAAGCUAAUAAAACAUGUCUGUGUGCUGCAAUAGUGAUUAUAACAUCUGAGUGAUUAAUGAAACGUGCAUUUUCUUUGGUAAGUUGAAAUCAUGGUUUAAAGUUCAUCUGACAUUAGUGCCGUACUUUGAUUUAAGGCACAGUAAAAGUACAACUGAGGAACCCCCCCUUUUCUCCUCCCUCAUUUACUGUAGGACUUCCAAUUUUGUCAGGCCUUCCUGGCACUGUUAACCAUUCUAAAGGCAAUCGCUGCUUUGUUAACAGCCAGUUCACAGCCAAUCAGAUGGACAACUGAUGUCGCAACAACUGAAGUCACUUUUGCUUUGUUCAACUUCAACCUAGUCACAGAUCGAAUUAGAAAAAGAGAGACGGUGUACCAGUGAGUGAAUGAGAGCGAACCUUUUCCAAAACAUAGGGAAAUGGAAGGAGUAGGAUUUUCACCAGAAUUUCAGGAUAUGACGCUGGUCACAGGGAAGGUACCAACAGAGGGCCUGUCUCGUGACUUGGAUAGUGUGGAGCUCCUGGAUCUACUGUUUGAUCAAAAGGAUGGGAUUCUUCGCCAUGAGGGCUUCCAUACAGAUGGCAGGGGGAGCACGGAGAGCUGGGGAAUGGCACAGCCCAGUAUCCACGUUGGCAGCAGCAAUGAGGAGUUUCUGUCUUCAAUCCUGGCAGAAACUGUCCCUGCCUCCCCGCUCUGGUCCUCAGCCGGCAGUGACAGCGGGAUCUCGGAAGACCACCUCUCGGAUCAGCUGGACAGUCCCCAGCACUGUGUCGUGUCCAACAGCACCCAGAACAUUGAAGCAGUCCAUGCGGAGCUGCCAUUUCAGCCUGGGCCAGAAUCCAGCUGCUGGGCUGCUGGCCUGAGACCCCCAGAGCCGGAGAUUUCCCUUGGUUUCGAUGACUGGAACUCAGAACCUUUUGAGGAAGGGAGACAGAACAUUCCAUCACAAUCUACUCCGAACAAUGUCCUCUCCCUCACUGUCAAGGAUUUACUGCUUUCAAACACAAAUGAAAUGCAUAAGCCGCAGUUGCAGCCACAUCAAGCCCGGGAGCUGGUGCUCAACGAAGAUGAGAAAAAGUUGUUGGUGAAAGAAGGGGUCACACUUCCUUCGCAGCUGCCGCUCACCAAACAAGAAGAGCGGAUUUUAAAGAAGAUCAGGAGAAAGAUUCGGAAUAAACAGUCAGCACAAGAGAGCCGGAAGAAGAAAAAGGAAUACAUAGAUGGCUUGGAAAACAGGAUGGCAGCCUGCACAGCCCAGAAUUAUGAACUGCAGAGGAAGGUCAUCCGACUGGAAAAGCAGAACACGACAUUGCUACAGCAAUUGCAAAAACUCCAUACCCUGGUCAUGCAUUCAACAGGCAAGACUGCACAGACAGGCACCUGUAUUAUGGUGCUGAUGCUGUCAUUUGCUUUGGUUAUUUUCCCUAGCUUAAGCUCAUUCAGCUCCAGUAAGGGUGUAAAGGAAGAUGACUUCACUCCUGUACGAGUAUUUUCCAGAUCUUUGCAUGAUCUGGAGUCAUCUCGGGUGCUUCAGGUGUUGAGCAGUCCUCACAGCCACGCUCCAGGAGAGAAGCAUUCAGAAUGGAAUGAUCAGCUUAUUGUGGAGAGCAGAGGCACAGCCGCCAAACAAGACCAAACUGUGAAUGGCAAAGAAUUCAUUCAAGAUACUGAAAGGCACUCGCCUAAUGGGUCCGACUCUUCACUGAGUAUUGGUGACAUUGCCAAUGAAGUCACCAUCCUUGAGGAUCUCAAUCCUGAAGACCAUAUUGAAGAUCCUGGUCGAGGACACUCGCCGUGGACUGAACUAACCCCUGACCAUCGAGAUGACAUGUAGGGUGUUUGGAAAUCUGGGACUUUUCUCGUUUGGUGAUGUUUAAAGGGGAAAGGAAUCAUGACUGAUCAAACAUGGAAGAUCAGAAUAAGAUUGACAUCAUUCCGUCAAUGUACAUUGUACCAGUUUUCCCUUGUAUAUCAGAAACAACCACCUAGUCACAAAUUAGCUGUAUUACACAGCCCUGAUGUUGCCCUGAUCUGCCCUGUCUUGGCUUAACUGGGUACAAUUUUAAUUUUUUUUACAGGAAAUAUCAAUCCUAAUGACAUUAUUCUGAACAAUCAUUGCAUUAAUUUUCAGAAUACUGAUUGAUAUUUUUCAAAACUAAUCAGUGUCAGUAGGAAUGAAAGGAGCCAGUGUGCAGAAACCAUUACUGUUUUGCUCCUUGUUAUAAUGCCAAGUACACAUUUACCUUUCUCAAGUCUGGGUCAGAAAUGUGCUGCAAGACUGCUGGAUCUCUAUGGUGAUAUCAUAUUGUGAAUUGGCCCCUCUCCCUGGUUUGCGAAUCUGAACUUCACAUUUUCUGAGGUUAUCCGCUACACAUGGUUUCAACAGUUCUAAUGGCACCCAUUGUUUCCAGUUCUGUGGUGAAGAUGGUGAUAGGUGGGUACAGGCUUUGAUAGGUAAGGAAUGAGCCCCUGGCAAUCUUACCCAACUUGCCCAUGAGCACCAAUGUGGAGAUUGACUGGUUAUCAGGUAGGAAGCUGUGACAGGGAGACUGCAGGAUUCUUCAUAAUGAGCAUAAUGAAGUUUCCUCCCUUGUACUUCUCUUGUGACACACCUGAGAAAAAAACAUCAUUCUGGGUCUCUAAAUCCAAUUGCAGACUCCAUUCUCUCUAAGCACAGCCCACUCAACAGCCUUUCCUCUCCCAUCAUCCACCCUGUAGUACUUUGCCUGCCUCAAUAUCAAUGCCAUAUCAUAUCCCUUACCCCCAACUCCCCAUUGCCCUCACCUUUUACCCCUUCACCAUCAAGCCUUCCUUAUCCUCUGCGUCAACCUCUAUCAUAACCCCAUACACAGUACUCUUUUCUGAUAUACUUCUUGCUGCUUUAUACUUGUAUGCCUUUCCAAAAAAAUGUUGUAAGGUUUAAUUCAUGUUCACUGAAAUGAUUUUUUUGUAAAGAUUUCACUGCCAUGAUCAGAAU